AUGGCUAUUGAGUGGAAUGGCCGUUUGGCCAUCCCGAAACUCCCUCCCAGCCCUUCUCUUCUGCAACGUGCUUCGUAUCAUUUGUGUUAUCUGCAGGUGAAGAUUUUGGCGGUUAUUUUCCGUGUUGGUGUCGCCUGGCAUACAACCUUCAGAAGAUACAUUCUUGGGCGUGAACUCGCAUGGGAGCGCUCGUAUCAUAAAUAUACGAGGGAGUAUGCAAUUCCUUCAACCAAAAGCUCGCGCUUGAUAAAGAUACGCGUUUGGGAACCCCCUGAGGAGUUCGCAGCCAAAGGUCCCCGACCUGUGCACAUUAACUUCCACGGUGGCGGGUUCGUUCUCCAGGGUUUCGGAAUCGAUGCAGAUUUCUGUGAACUCCUUUCGAACGAGCUCGGCACCUACGUGCUGGAUUGUGAUUAUGCCAAAGCACCAGAAAACCCCUUUCCACAUGCUUAUAACGAUGCUGUCGACGUCGUCGAUCACGUCUUUAAAGAAUGUGCAGAUUAUGAUCUCUCCAACUUCACAAUGAGCGGCUUUUCUGCGGGCGCUGCUCUUGCUACUACGACUUCUUGCACCUCCCCUAAUGUCAAGGGGAAGCCAAAAGCUCUGGUCCUUAUGUAUCCUCCGGGGGACUUUUCGAGGCCCCCUGGCCCCCCACUCAAGCCACGCAAGGGAUCAACUGCUCCAGUUCUUUCUUCCUUUGUCCUAGAAGUAUUCAAUGCAGCAAUUGUCCAGCCCCCAUACCACCGCUCAGACCCUCGGAUUUCCCCCCUCUGCGACGAUCCCCGAGACUUCCCGAAGAAAAUCUGCAUAGUUACAGGGGAGUUGGACAACAUCAAGCUGGGGGGCGAAUUAAUCGCCGUUGGGAUCAAAGAGUCAGAUGCUGGCAUUUAUCUCGAGGAACAUCAAAUUCCUGAUGUUGGCCACGCCUGGGACAAGACAGCGAUAGACGGCACUUGGGAAGAUGCGCGCAGGACCGAGGCCUACAGACGAGUGAUCGAGUUCUUGAGAAAGGUCCACAAGUCGAGAUAGCUCAUUCCCGGACUUCUGCAAUUGAAACGUACUAGAUGCUCUAGCAUAUUCUUGGACAGGUGUUUCUAGGUCUAUUGCCAUCCAUCGUUCGUGCUUAUUGGAGGGUCUUCAUGCUGCACCAUUACCGUUUCGUCUAUAAAGCCGUUUCCGCCACUACCGAAACCACCGAUAGAAAUUCCAUGUCAGUAACCUCUUGGGAUGUGGUAUGUGUGCGACCAGUUAUUGAAACGUCCAAUAUCCCAAGUACGGAUGCAAGAUGAGACUCAGCACGAGCAUAAAGCCAUAGAAGUUGCAAACGACGUACUAGUCCCAACUCACGAUCACCUUUAGCAAGAUAGUUUUCAGUAAACAUACUCGCUCACAAUGCUGGACUGCGCGCCAAUUCAUAAGGUCCCCAAAACGGAGCUCAACUCAUUCAAGCUUAACGGCGCG